AUGGCGAAAACCAAGCAUUCCACGAUCACGAAGCGACAGGAGGCUGUUCAACAACCAACUCCGCCUGCGCAGGAGGACGACGAUGAGGAAGGACAGGAGUCGGAUGUGGACAUCGAAGUAGGCGAUGGCGAGAUCGAGAAGGAUGAAGCCGAAGAAGAGUUGGAGAGAUUGGUCUUCGGCGACAGCGCUGGCUGGAGAGAAGGGCUGAGGGACAUCGCGCUGGAAGAUAGGGAAACGCAGGAGGAAGACGAUGGCACAACGGGUUUAGAGGGACUCGACAAUGCUCAAGUAGGUCAGAUUGCUCCGAUGGACACAUCAUGUCUUACACGCUGACGGUCUGAAGCUCUUCUUCGUGGACAGUGGCCCUGGACAAGCACUAGACCAGGCUGUCGCGGCAGCAUCGGAUGAAGACAGUGAGGACGAAGGUCUAAGAUCAAGACAACCCGCUGCUUGGGACGACAGCGAUGAUGAGCGUGCUCUGGUGUCUCUUGCUUCUGCGCCGCGUCUUCGCAAGCUGAGAAGAAACGAGGCCGAAGAUGUAGUAACUGGAAAGCAGUAUGCGAGACGACUACGGAAACAGUUCGAGUUGCUAAAUCCAGUACCGGAGUGGGCCCAGACAGCGAUCCAGAAGCCUUCAAAGAAGAAAGGACGGCUCUCGGAGAAUGCAGAGUCUUCAGAUGAGGGCAUUGACGAUGAUAUGGACAUCGACCAGGAGCCAGAUUCCGUUGCGCCACUCUCAGAACUUCUCCAGGAUGCGGAGUCCCUCGUGCGACAGGCAGGCCCUGGUGCUGGGAAGAAGAGGAAGAUCCGACCCGAAGUCAUUGACAUCCAGCGACAGAAGGACAUACCUGGAGUACAGCCAAGUGCCAUUACAUCGCUUUCUUUCCAUCCCAAGCUGCCGCUGUUGCUGUCAUCAGGACCGUCGUCGACACUCUACCUUCACCACCUGGCAUCUUCGCCUCCCGCGCCAACACCAAAUCCCCUGCUGACCAGCCUCUACAUUCGUGGCACGCAACUCACGACAACAUCGUUCCAUCCGACAGAUUCUCGGAUAUUCCUCUCGGCGCGGCGGCGUUACUUCCAUGUGUGGAACCUCACCACCGGCAGAGUCGAGAAGAUCACCCGCGUCUAUGGUCAACAGCAUGAACAGAAGAGUAUGGAGCGCUUCAAGCUUUCCCCCGAUGGAAAGUACAUGGCGCUGCUAGGGUCGACGAAGAAGGGCGGUGGUGUUGUCAACAUUCUGGACGCCUCGACUUUACAAUGGGUCACUCACGUCCGCGUUGAGAGCCGUGGAGGCAUCGCUGACUUCGCAUGGUGGCGGAACAGCAAAGGUCUGAGCGUGGCCAGUAAAGGCGGAGAGAUCACAGAAUGGAACGUCGAUGAACGGAGGGUUGUCGCGAGAUGGCAAGAUGAAGGUGCCGUUGGUACUACGACUCUCGCCCUGGGCGGACAUCACGAAAUCGUGAAAAGUGCCAUUGGCACCGACCGCUGGAUCGCCAUAGGAAGUAGCUCUGGGAUCGUGAACAUCUACGAUAGAAGAGCGUGGUUGGGCGAGAAACCCAAGGCGUCAGCUACCGCGGCUGCAGAGGGACAGCCUGUCCCUGAAAUGCCAAAGCCGACGAAGAUGUUGGAUCACUUGACGACUCCGACAUCCCACUUGGCCUUCUCUCACGACGGCCAGAUCCUCGCUAUCGCAUCGAAAUGGAAAGCGGACUCCAUGAGGCUCGUUCACCUGCCGAGCUGCACGGUCUUCAAGAACUGGCCGACGAGCCAGACGCCCCUGGGGCGCAUCACGGGAGUCGCCUUUGCUGCGGGCGAUGUGCUCGAGGGCUCGGAUGCGCACAGUGUCCUGGCUGUGGCGAACGAGCAGGGCAAGAUUCGCGUGUGGGAGAUUAGAUAG